AUAGAUAGAUAGAUAGAUAGAUAGAUAGAUAGAUAGAUAGAUAGAUAGAUAGAUAGAUAGAUAGAUAGAUAGAUAGAUAGAUAGAUAGAUAGAUAGAUAGAUAGAUAGAUAGAUAGAUAACCACUUCAGCGUGUUGCUGCCUCCUGCCUGAAGAUAGCUGGGAUAGGUUCAAGCACUCCCACAACCCUUGUGAGGUUCAUAUUAUGGAUGGAUGGAAUAAAUAAAGACGACUGACUGAAUUGAUUAAUAAAUUAACUUCUGUCUGCAUUUUUAAUCAUAAUUUAUUGGGAAUAUAAUUUGAAUUCAUUUAAGAGCUUUAUUUUUUUUUUUGCCAUAAAUGGUCAAUUUACUUUAUAAACCUUAUUAUUGCAGUACAGUUAUGUACCGUAUCCGAACUGCAGUAUAAGCAAAGAUUUUUUCUUGGGGGUGGGGGUAAUGUAAUGGGUGUGUUGUGUGAGUUACACAAAAACAAGGUUCGACAAAGUAUUAAUGGCACAUCGAUGAAGUCAUACGUUACUCGGUUGUCACUGGCUGACAUUUCGCCACCUCGUCCGCCUCCCCCAACCCUACCCAACAUUCCACACAUGCGACCAAGCAACAGCUAGCUGCAACCUUACGUGUGGCAGCCACAAGGCGUAUUACCAUGAUGAAGUUGAGAAACCCCGAUUUCUCGCCCUGAGCAAACUCAAAGCAUCGUUCGACGAAACGCGGGACCCCUCGGCAAAGCACGGGCCAUGGGUGGCCUUUUAAAUUAUUAGUGAUUGCUUUUUAUUCGGAGCUUCAAAUGUGCAAAAAAGUCUGUGAGCUGUACUCGACGUCGAACAAGAUGGCAGCAGUAGCAACAACACCGAUGCAGGGUUUGGCGGUGGCGUGGCUUCUCGCUUUUAGCCUCUUUGACGCGAUGACUCAUUUGGUUUACGGGUCUUACUGAAGCUGAGAUAGGCUCCAGGACUCCCCGCGACUCUUGUGAGGAUAAGCGGCCAAGGGAAUGGAUGGAUGGAUGGUAUGGCCUCAGAAGUCUUGAUUCAGCCAUCACACUUGCACUCAGCUCAAACAAGUGCCUUAGGAACCAGUAACAGCAAGCACAAAGAAGAAGCCCAUUGCAGUAAUAACACCACUAGAGCCUUUCCCAUACUACCCCCACCUAAAACAUAUGUGAUUGGAGUAAACUACGGAAUUGCCUACCCCAACAACGUGAUCCCAUCAACAAUUGAUGACUUUGAAAGACUGCACAGGUCAACAGCAGUUAAUGAAAGUGAGGCGUGCACUGUGGAGGGUAGAGGAAAAGACCUUGCUGGGAUUGACUAUCAGGGGUCUCUUUGCCACAGCAAAGGACCACAACAAAGGAGAAUAUUUAGAGAGGAAAGGAACAAAAACGAAGCAGGUGGGAGACAUGUAAACCUAGACUCAGGUGUGACCCAAAGAUGCAAACAAAAGAGAGGUGAAGUUGUAGAACUACAGCAGGGUAACAACUGUGUUGGAACCAUGCAAAUAGUUAAGGAGGUAUGUGAUCCACCUUCACUACCUGCUUCAACGACAAUGUUGCAAACUAGUACGCGGAAUCAUGAUGUUGCUAGAGUAGGGGGUAAGGCAACCCUGCCUCCUCAAGACAAGGUUGUGGAAUCGACUGGCUUUGGGAAUGAGAUGAAUGGGACAAAAAUCAGGUCAAACAUCACUUCAGAGGUGAUUGCUACUGCAAACAGAUCCGGGACAGCAGAUGGUGACUAUCAGUUAGUUCAGCACGAGGUUCUCUGCUCAUUGAAGCACAGCUAUGAGGUUUUGGAGUUUCUUGGGCGUGGCACCUUUGGUCAGGUGGUUAAAUGCUGGAAGAGGGGAACGAAUGACGUGGUGGCUGUCAAAAUACUGAAGAAUCACCCAUCAUAUGCACGUCAGGGACAAAUUGAGGUGGGAAUUGUGGAGAUACUUGCUCGAUUAAGAAGUGAGAACGCAGAUGAACACAACGUGGUGCGUGCUUUGGAAUGCUUUCAGCAUCGCAGUCACACCUGUUUGGUGUUUGAGAUGCUGGAGCAGAACCUCUAUGACUUCCUAAAGCAGAACAAGUUCAGCCCACUGCCGCUCAAAAUCAUCAGGCCUAUCCUGCUGCAGGUAGUAACCGCUUUAAAGAAACUGAAGUUGAUGGGUUUGAUCCAUGCUGACCUGAAGCCAGAGAACAUCAUGCUAAUUGACCCGUCCAAGCAGCCAUACAGAGUUAAGGUUAUUGAUUUUGGCUCAGCCAGCCAUGUCUCAAAGGCCAUUUGCUCCACCUAUCUACAGUCCAGAUACUACAGAGCACCAGAGAUUAUUUUGGGCCUGCCAUUUUGUGAAGCUAUUGAUAUGUGGUCAUUGGGAUGCGUUGUAGCUGAGCUCUUCCUAGGAUGGCCCCUUUACCCUGGUGCUUUGGAAUACGAUCAGAUCCGCUACAUCUCUCAGACUCAAGGACUGCCUGCGGAGCACUUGCUCAACAUGGGCACCAAGACCUCCCGUUUCUUCUCUAAAGAGUCAGAAUCUUCUCAUCCAUCUUGGAGGCUUAAAACAAUGGAAGAGCAUGAGAAAGAGACAGGACUUAAAUCCAAAGAAGCCAGAAAAUAUAUUUUUAGCUGUCUGGAUGACAUUGCACAAGUAAACUUCAUGUUGAGUCCAGACAACAGUGACGUGCAGGCAGAGAAAACCGAUAGGAGAGAGUUUGUCUCCCUACUAAAGACCAUGCUGCUGAUAGAUGCAGAGGACAGAACUGUUCCCUCCAAUGUCCUCAGUCACCCUUUCCUCACUAUGACUCAUCUGUUGGAACACCCACAUAGUAACCAUGUGCAGUCAUCUUUUCGCAUCAUGGAUAUGUGCCAUGGCCGCACCAACAGUACAGUUUUUGAUGCAUUGAACCACAACACUGUUCAUUUCUCAAGACCUCCUGUUGGCCCCACAGUUUCCUCUGGUCUCCCUCUGGGCUACAGCAACAUACCCGUUCACACUCAGCCUAUUACACAAUCAGCUCCUUCAGUGUUGCAUCCUCGGAUUGCACUAACAGCCAGAAAUGGUCAGUUUGGAUGCAAUGACUCCUUCCCACCCAUUCUUCUUUGCCCACCCAACAUUCAAGGUAACCUUAACCAAUCAGUCAGGUAUUCAGUUCCUAUGGUACCUCAGCCUCCUCAUAUCCAGCCUCUCCAAAUGAGGCCUAGCGUAAUAACACAGCCAGCCUGGUCUAACCAGGGUCAGCAGCUCCUUGUACAAGCAGCCUGGCCACAGAUGACUGCAGUCAGUGUCCCUCCGACUCACCCUGUCCCACCACCCACGUCUUCCCUAACCAGGGACACCACAGUCUGCGCCCGAAGAAUCAGCGAGUGGGGGGAAGUUCGUUAUAGUACCUUGAUGCAACACCCACUUCUGACCAAUCACAUGCCAGCUGUGUCUGCUCAUCAGCCUCUCAAUAUUGGCAUAGCGCAUGUUGUGUGGCCCCAGUCAGCUAAUAAAAGAAACCGGCACCAUCAAAACAGGAACCUGUCCCACCCAAUUAACAUUCACACAUCUAAGUGUCAAUCCACCAAUAUGGCCAAUGUUGUUGGUCAGAAAUUUGGAAUUAGUAACUCUCAGAGUGAGCUACCUCCGUUGGAAACUCAGCAGCAGAAACAUCUAAAUUCCAAUCAAGAGGAAGAUGAUUUACAAGACUUUGUGGGCUGUCUCAAAGAGGAUCUACCAAACCACGAGCUGCAGCAAGAUGUCACGCUUCUCAUGGGUGACACAUCAAGCCCGACACCCAGUGUGAUCACCAUCCAUAGUGAACCAACAAAUGGUGAAGAAGUGGAGGAGGACAAAUCACAAUUGUGCUCUCUAAAAGAGUGUAAUGAGCAGUGUGUAUGUGAGGUUUGCAGAAACAAAAGUGUGACUAUGGAAAGAGAUUGUUCCCUUAGCAGUCCUGACAGCAGCCUCAGCACCAGUUCAUUUGCAUCCAACUCUCUGCACUCCAGCCCAUCUGGAUCACCCUGCAAAAGACCCAACAGUAUGUCAGAAGAUGAUGGUCAUGAGAGUGGCUGUGAAACUGUAGAGGGCUCCCCAACAUCCAGCACUUCAUCCCCCCACGGCAACAGUCCAUAUAGUUUCCUCGACAACAGCAACCGCAAGAGCCGCCCAACUUUUGGUGCUGUGGUAGCCCCAUUACCUUCCCUUGGAUUUCAGGGUGGCAUUCCUCGUGCUGUCAGGACAAUGGUAGUUCCACCAAUGAGAGUGCAAAACAACAACAGUCAAGGAGCACAGGAGCGUUUCCAGAGAACAGAGUCAUGGUCCCAGUCCAAAGGGUGCUGCAACAUUAGAGGACAACAAAGCACUCCCUCAUCCCUCUCCCUCCUCCAAUCAACACCUUUUAUGUCAUGGCAACCAAAGCUCCAGCAGCAGCACCCACUGAGCCUUGGACAGGUGCCGCCAUUCAUUACAAACCACAACAUCAAAGAAUGGAACGGCAACUAUGGGCCGUUGCGACCUCAUGCCUUUAUUCCCCCAACCGUCCACACACACAGCUUCCCACACCUGCCACACAGCAGCCCCACGCACAAUUUAGGUGCUCACCCACCACACACCCUCCUGUCUUACCCUCACAGUGGAGCCCUUACUACAGCCCCCCGCCCUAUGUUGACCUCUCAUCCUCCGCUACUUCAGCACAGCUACAGCCUCUCCCACGGCCAAGGCGGGGGCGCUAUAGUUCACCAGGUGACCAUGGGACUCACCAGCCACACUCAGCAUCCUGGCUACCACAGACUACUGCGCUCACCAACAGUCCACCCACAGCAACAGCCUGGCUAUGCCCAUCACCCCCGCCAAUUCAAUACUGCCUUCCCCCCACCACUGCCCCCUCCACACCCAUACAUGCCCUCACCAGCCACCUACACAGGCUUCCCUCUGAGUCCCACCAAACCUGCCCACCGCCUUCAGUUCUCUUACAUUUGAGGAGCGGAGCAGGGCUCCAGCAGCACCUCCGGGUCAUCACAUGGGUGACAAAGGUCAAUGGCAACUACAGUGGGGGUGCAGGUAGAGCAGGACACCAAACAAAUACUUGUGAUCAGGAAAGGUAAAUUUGUAUGCUGAGAACGUAAACUGUUUUUUUGGGGGAGAAUUAAAUUCAAUACCUGUCUCAUCUGAAGGUUAAUCAAGCAACUUCAGCUCAGAAAGACUUCCUGUAAAAUUGUGUCUCUGCCACCGGGUGAAUAUUGUAGAGCUCUAUUGAGCGGGCAUGAAACAAAACAUAUUUCACAAUAUUUUAGGCUGUGUCCUUUGCACAUUACUUCUGUCAUGGGUUUUUUUUUGCGUAUUUGUCACUCGACUACUUUUCAUCUUGGUGGCCUUGCAGCAUGUGCGCAGAGUGGCUAAGGAAAAUAUUCAGACCUUAUUAAAUUUUUCACUGUCAUACUGCAGCCAUUUCUUAAAAUCAUUUAAGUUCAUUUUUUUCCUCAUUGUUAACACAAUACCAUAUAUUGACAGAAAAUAAACUGAAUUUAUUGAGUUUUCCAGAUUUAUUUAAAAUAAGAUAAAUGGAAAUAUCACAGCCACAUGAGUAUUCAGACUAGUAUUUUCCUCACUGUACCUCAGUAUUUAGUAGAAGCACCCUUUUGAGCUAAUACAGUGUCUUUUGGGGACCGAUGCAAAGAUUUUUUUGACACCUGCAUUUGGGGCCUCUCCCAUUCUUCCUUGCAGACAGCUCCAUUUCUGUCAGGUUUGAUGUUGAAUUUUGGCAGGCAGGCAUUUUAAUGUCUCUCCAGAUAUUCUCAACUGGGUUUAAGUCAGGGAGUUAGCUGGGUCAUUCAAGAACAGUCACAGAGUUGUUCUGAAGCCAUGCCUUUAUUUUUACUGUGUGGUUUGUUAUUAUCCUGUUUGGAAGGUGGACCUUCAGUCAAGUCUGAGGUCUUGAGCACUCAGGAGACAGUUUUGGUUCAGGAUCUCCCUGUACCUGUCCGCAUUCGUCCUUCCAUCAAUUGGAACCAGUCAUCCUGUCCCUGCAGAUGAAAAACACCCCCACAGCAUGAUGCUGCCACCACCAUGCAUCACUGCUGGGACUGCAUUGGGAAGGUAAUGAGCAUUGCCUGGUUUUCUCCACACACUGCUUAGAAUUAAAGCCAAAAAGUUCUAUCUUGGUCUCUUUGGAACAUAGAAUGUUAUUUCCCAUCAGGUGUGGGGGGCUUUCUUGUAUCUUGCACUGACGAAAGGCUUGUGUCGGGCCAGUCUGCCGUACUGGUCUGACUGGUGGAGGGCAGCAAUAAUGGUUUGCUUCCCAGAACUUUCUGUCAUCGCUCAACCUCAUCUCAUUAGGUUCGUCUUUAAAUCUCUCACCAAGCCCCUUCUCCCCAGAUUGCUCAGUUUGACCGGACAGCCAUCUUUACUAUGGGUGUGGUCAUCCCAAAGAUCUACCAUUUAAGGAUUAUAGUCACUUCUGUGCUCUUAGGAACCGUAAAUGGGGCAGAAUUUUUUUUUUUUUUUUUUUUUGUAACCUUGGCUCGAUCUGUGCCUUGCCACAAAUAUGUUUGAGCCCUUCAGGCUGUUUCUUUGACUGCACUGUGAGCCGUAAGGUCUUAUAUAGACAGGAUUGUGGCUUUUCUUAUCAAAUCUAAUCAGUAUAAUCAAACACAGAAGGACUCCAGUGAAGGUGUAGACCAAUCUUUUGAACAAAUCUGCAAAAAUGUCAACAGAUUUGUUUUUUUUUCCUGUCAAUAUGAGGUGCUAUGUGUACAUUAAUGAGUGAAUAAUAAAUUAAAAUGGUUUAAGAAAAUGCUUCCAAUAUAACGUAGUGAAAAAUGUAAGGGGGUCUGAAUACGUUCCGUACCCACUGUAUGUCAAAGCCAUGCUUUGAUUGAAGGCUGUCUUAUUUGCUGCUGCUGCCAGUGCCUUAACAGCAAAGUCCAAGAUGUAUAUAGUCCGUUCAAUUAGGCUUGUAGAACUUAUUCAGACUCUGAAUAUGAUGGGCUUUUGGAAUAAAUAUGGGUUUCUUUGACGCUUAAAUUGUAUUCAAUUUGCUUGCUGACUCAGAAUAAGGAUUUACGAAAGCUACUGGCUGAACAUUUAGGGCUUUGACUGAAUGAUUUUUGUAUGUGUAUAUAGAGUGAUUUGAUAUUUUGAUAAUCAAUUUCUACUCACUAUAGUACUUAAUUCGUAACAGUAUUGUCACUGUUUACUGUAACUGCAAUACAAUCUAGAUGGCCUCUGGGUUGCUGUGUGUGUGUUUAGUUUGAUUUGCAGUUUUUAGAUCUUUGGGAGUGGUGUUGACAUUUUCAAAAGAGAAAUUCUUUUCAAUUCUUCACAGUAUUUGAAAUCUUUUAGUUUGCAGUACCCUUGCUGGGCUGUUUUGUGUUAAAGGUGUAUUGGUAAAUGUUUUGUCUAACCUGUCCUAGAUUGAAGCCCAUCAGUUUUGUUACAUUCCUUCAGGGUGUGUUAUGCAUAGCCUUGCUAUUCUUUCUUUUUCUUUUCUUUUUUUUUUUUUUUUCGGUUUUCAAUUUUUGUGUGGAGCAGUGUUCAGUUGGUCUUUUAUGGCAAUCAGCACCAAAGACAUUGUUCAAUUAUUUUUCUGAGGCACAGUUCGUUCUUUCACCGCCAGCAAACUAUUGCAGUUUGACAUUGAGAAAAAAAAAUUCAGAGAUCUAUUUUAGAAAUGUGGUUUUAUUUUUUUGAGCUAUAUUUGGCAAAUUGUAUUUGGAAUGUAUCGAUAUUGAGCUGCUAUGUACUGAUUAUCUGCCACUUUGUAGCUGUGAAUUCAGAGGAUUAAUCUCAUUUAAGCUUGCAAUUGUCUUGUAUUGUAGUUCUGGUGACUAGGACUGGCUUUUACUUUGAUUAUAGGGUAUAGUUGCGAUCCUACAUUCUAGUGCCUCUGUAUUUUGACUUCAUUGUUUUGAAGAGAUUCAUAAACUGCUGUAAUGGAAAUAGAGCAUUUUUUUCUGUUUUUGUUUUGUGUGUGUGUAUGUGUUCCUUUUGGCAUCAGUAUUUCAUCUUGGAAUGUAGGAUGAGAUUAACUCUUAGAUUGUGUAACCAGUGUGCUGUUCACUUAUUUUUGUUCUAGUUUGUAUUGUGACAUGGCUUUUUUCCCCCCACAUCGGGCUAUAUAUGCGACUCUUUGUACUGUACAACUAGUGCCUUUCUCCAAACUGGCUGACAGAAGAUGUCUUAUUGAUGUCAUGCGAAUUGAAACCGUGUUGUAGUUCCUUCAUGGAGGAUAGACCCCUAAUUUUGACAUCAACGGUUUGAAAACAAUAUUUUUUACACAAAAUCCUAAGAAAGUACAAGUCAGGGAAUGUUUAUUACGCUCACCACGAACACUGCACAUGACUCAAAAACAGAGGACAUGAGUUAGAAAAAUGCAAAGCUUUACUGUCACACCUGAAUGUAUUCGUGGAAACAGCGAAAUCUCUUAGAUAAGAUGCUUGAUCGAUGUUCUCUCUGUUUGUGAUCAGAGCAUGUAAUAUAGUUCUUGUAUGCAGCUUUACUAUAGGUACGCAUCAUGUGUUGUUGUCAGGGGUUCUUCCAAACUGCUUUAUCCAUGAAUCAAAGUUGAAAAUUUCCCUCAUCUAUUUAUUGUAAUGGUUUUGCUAUGUUGCUGAUAUAAUAUGUAUUUUAUGUAUAAUUUGCUAUUGUGUUCACAAUCCUAAAACAAAUGAGCGGUUGCUCUGUUCAAAGUGUUGUGCGGCCUUAAAAGUUUGAAUUUAGUGUGCGCGUGUAAUUGUGCCUGUGUGUCGUGGCACAGACGUCUUCAAUCACAUAGGAAAUAAUUGUGUUCCUCCUUUUUGCUGGCUCUUACUCGGUGUCAGAAUUUUAUCUAUUGUUUGUGUCAGAUCAACACCAUCACAUGAGAUGAACACAUGAACCACCUCUGUUACCACUUUGGCAGGACCCUUCAGCCUGUAGCCUCAAAUGUGACUUUUGCGCCGUCAAAGGCACGCCAGCGGUUCAAAGAGUUCCCACAGGCACAUGGAGCCGAGCACCCUUAAGAAUCAAAUUAGAGUAAAUGUCUUAAAUCAUGUUUUAGUCCCAGUCUUCAUCUGUGCCAGCACUUGCCUAAGUAAGUUGUUCUAACGCAAUACAAAUGUGUGGAGAUUUUCUUUCUGGAGUGGCGAGCUACAUAAAUGUCCAGUUAAGUCCCAGACUCAUUAAUGUAAAAUUGGCAACACAGUUCUCUAAUUAUUUGGUUGAUAAUGUUGUAUUUGGAUUCAGUUUUGUAGACGUGAUUGGGAAGCUGAACCCAUUACUGUUAAGUGUACAUUUGUGUUGUUUUUAUGAUUUUGUGAAUGCUACACUAGUUUGACAUGUAGCAACUGCACUGUGCAAUAUACAGCAUUAUGAGGACUGGGGAAAUGAUUAUUGUUUGGCUGUCACGUGUGUCAUGUGUGUGAUUCUUUCCCCCCUCUAGUUCUGAGUUUGUGUAACCAGGCCUUAUUAUGUACUUAGUCACAAAAAGCGGGUUCCUUAUUUGGUGACUUACUGGUGAGUGUCAAACUAUUAAUAGAUGUCAAUGUUAACCUUGAAAUAAAAAAUAAAAUAAAAACUCUUUUGCUUCAA